UGACAGUUCAAGCACUCCUGUAUUCUUUCGUGACCCCAAGAACACAUUUUCAGAGUAAUCGAAGUUUCGUAGACGAUUUCACGGUCACUCCGGGCGAGCCAGAUCAGUUUUCAGACGGCCUUGCCAAGGGAAAGGAAUCAAGCAGGCAGGACAGCGUUUCACAGAUACUUCUGCGAUCCUUGUGGAGGCUGGGCUUACGCGGACGGGAAUAUACGCGUAUGAUGCUUCUCACGGACCGAGUGUCGGUCUCACCGCUCAUCCGAAUAUAUGUGUGCAUAUCCGUUCUGGCCGUUAUCAUCUCGGCGCAUCCGGCUCGAUUACCACCACCACCGCCUGGGGACACGCAAGCGCACAACACAACAUCUAUAUCAGAAUCGAGCCAACAACCUGGCGGGCAGGAAGGCGGAUUUAUAAGAUGGCUGGUGGGACACUUGAACGUGAAUGUAGACAGACGACAGGUCGUGGUGACCAAGGUAGUCUUCGCGCCGGCCAAACCGACAGCUGCACCCGCACCCCCACCAGCCGUGGCGGCUAUAACGAGUGCGAAACCCACCGUGGCAAAUCCCGCACCGAGACCGGCACCUACCGCUAGCAUCACAACGAAACCACCACCACCGCCGACUUCUUCUCCUCGUCCGGUGGUACCACCAUCACCACAGGCGCCUGCAGCGCCAGCGACGCCGAAACCGGUUAUUACAACGUCAAGCAAGGCUGUGAUAACGACACCGACGCCGUUUGUCGCGCCAUCUAAAAGCCCGACGCCCGUGCCAACAAACCCAAUCCCACGACCGGCCGUCACGAGCACGCCAGCACGUACACCCACACCCACAUCAACACCCCGCCCAUCCCCAUCCCCAUCCGCCCUCAUCACACCCUCACAACCAACCCCCCAACCAACAUCAUCACAACCCUCACCUCAAUCAGCAACCCCAUCAGUCAUCAUCCCCCCACAACCCCACAACAACGCCGCCAACUCCAACAGCGAAACCGAUGAGUCCCCGUUACCUGUAUUCUUCCUCCCUCUCGUGAUCUCCGCGGCGUCGGUGGGUGGGGCGGUGUUGGCCGCGCUAUUUGUGGUGUUUUGCUGUUGGAGGGGGCGGAAGUGAAGUGUUGGGAGUGGGAGAUUGAAUGGCGGGGUUGGAUUGUGGGAUACUGGAAUUGAGUGAGAUGGGAGGGGUGUAGAUGGAUGGUGUAGAGUAUGUUGAUGUCAGCGUUGCGAGGUAACGGCGGAAGAGUGGUGUUGCUUUUUUUAUGGACACGUGCGGCGUGGCGAGAAUGCGUUGUAACGAAACCCCGUCGCCUCGUUACGGUCAUAUCGGUGCGACAUCUCCCGGAUAUAUAUACGUAUAGCGCACGUUCAGCGCACUUAUAUUCACUGGCUGUGUUUUUUGUCAUCAUGUAAAAAGCGAAUGUGUAAAGUUCUUGGACCC